AUGUCUUUGAACUUUACGCAGUGUGAUUACGGUACAGUCACGUCACCAUGGCAAGCCGAACAACUUCGCAAGCAAACCGGGACAAUGGGGACAAAUAUUCUGUUUUACUACCUACCUACAACGAGAGGGAAAACUUACCUUUGAUAGUUUGGCUUUUGGUAAAAUAUUUCGGUGAAAGUGGAUACAAGUACGAGAUUAUUGUGAUUGACGACGGAAGCCCAGAUGGGACACUGGAAGUGGCAGAGCAGCUGCAGAACAUUUAUGGAGAGGACAAGAUACUCCUACGACCAAGGGCGAAAAAAUUAGGCCUAGGCACUGCCUACAUCCAUGGCAUGAAACAUGCUACUGGCAACUACAUCAUCAUAAUGGAUGCUGAUCUUUCUCAUCAUCCCAAAUUCAUCCCAGAAUUUAUUGAAAAGCAAAAGGAAGGUAAUUAUGACCUGGUGUCUGGUACUCGUUACCAAGGGGACGGAGGCGUAUACGGCUGGGACCUGCGCAGGAAACUCAUCAGUCGGGGGGCCAACUUCCUGACUCAAGUGUUGUUGAGACCGGGUGCAUCAGACCUCACGGGCAGCUUCAGGCUGUACAAGAAGAAGGUGUUGGAGAGUCUGGUGGAGCGGUGCGUGUCCAAAGGCUACGUGUUUCAGAUGGAGAUGAUCGUCAGAGCCAGACAGCUCAACUACACAAUUGGAGAAGUACCCAUCUCCUUUGUGGAUCGAGUUUAUGGAGAAUCCAAACUGGGAGGGAACGAGAUCGUGUCAUUCGUGAAAGGACUGCUCACUCUCUUCGCCACGACAUGAUCAGUGAUGUACUCAGAUGGGACAUCUCUGUGGGUCAUAUAGUAUUUUGUCACUGUUAAAGUUGCUGUCUUUAAAACAGUAGUUGUAUCAGAAUUGUAAUGGAGGGACAGAGAGACGGUAACAUGACGGCAAAUGAAAAGGGAGACAUCUCUCUCCCCCGUUAGCAGUAAAUAGAAAAUAUUUCCCGAUCAGUAGCCGUCCGCAGUACUGAAGGAACAUAGUGCUUUACAUUCCCGUCAUCCUCCUUAAUGAAUCCUGAAGGAAGCACAUCAUUCCGAAUCCAGACAGCUGAUUAAACUCAGCAUUAACACCAUUGUCAGAUGGGUUUAAGUACACAUUUAACUGCUACAUGUGAUUGUUUGUAUAAAAUUAAAGAGUUUGCUGUCUUUGUU